AUGGCAUACAUAAAAGAGGGAGGAAACGUACUCCAAGAGUUGGAGUACUUGUUCGGAGAUGCUAACAAUGUCAGUGAAGAAAAUGGAGGAAACGAGGUGAUUGAAAUAUACGAUGAUGAUGAAGGAGACGAUAAUGACGACAACGGAAAUGAUGUUCAUCCACUGCUCAUCAGAAACCUGCAGCUGCUGAAGCAGAAUUCUUUCGUCUCCAAGAAGGAAACAGUCUUUUCUUACAAAUUUGUCGGCAUGAAAAUGAACCAGACCAUGACUAUACGAGUUCAAGCUCCUUCUCCAUCUCUACUACCACCGCGAGUCAAACUUUACUCUCAGGGGUUCUGCCCAUGCCUAAGGUCAUUGGAGGCUUUUGCUAAUUCUAAUCUCUUGAAAACAUCACUAGUAGCAAGGUGCUCCUUGGGGACGUCCAAGACAUCAUCUGUAUCUUCAGAUAAGUCAAUCAAGCAUCCGGCACAGAUAGGAGCACUGGUAGCCUCUGGAUCUCAAGAAGUUUCUUCUAAUGAACUUGUUGGUAAUGAAAAGAUUGGUGUAUUAUUGCUGAAUCUUGGAGGUCCUGAAACUCUCGAUGAUGUACAGCCAUUCCUGUUUAAUCUUUUCGCAGACCCAGACAUUAUUCGACUCCCGAGACUUUUCAGAUUCCUUCAAAAGCCUUUGGCACAAUUCAUAUCUGUUGUCAGAUCCCCAAAGAGCAAAGAAGGAUAUGCUUCAAUCGGUGGUGGUUCUCCCUUGCGGCGCAUUACUGAUGCUCAGGCUGAGGAAAUACGAAAGGCAUUAUGUAGCAAAAAUGUUCCAGCAAAGGUGUAUGUUGGUAUGCGCUACUGGCAUCCGUUCACGGAAGAAGCUAUUGAACAGAUCAAACGAGAUGGUAUUACAAAGCUAGUCGUGCUGCCUCUGUACCCUCAAUUUUCUAUCUCAACAAGUGGUUCAAGCCUUCGCCUACUGGAGAGUAUAUUCAGGGAGGACGAAUAUCUUGUCAACAUGCAGCACACUGUAAUUCCUUCCUGGUACCAACGACAAGGAUAUAUUAAAGCCAUGGCAGAUUUGAUUGAAAAGGAGUUGCGAAGCUUUGACUGCCCUGAGGAGGUGAUGAUAUUCUUUAGUGCUCACGGGGUACCACUCGCAUAUGUGGAGGAAGCUGGUGAUCCAUACAAAGCAGAGAUGGAAGAGUGUGUGGACUUGAUCAUGGAAGAACUGGAAAAGAGAAAGAUGAAUAAUGCCUAUACCCUUGCCUACCAGAGUAGAGUUGGACCUGUAGAGUGGUUGAAACCCUAUACAGACGAGACAAUCAUUGAGCUCGGGCGAAAAGGAGUGAAGAGUCUUCUUGCUGUCCCAAUUAGUUUUGUCAGCGAGCAUAUUGAGACAUUGGAGGAAAUCGAUGUUGAGUACAAGGAAUUGGCUUUAGAGAGUGGUAUUCAGAAAUGGGGCCGUGUUCCUGCACUUGGCUGUGAGCCAACUUUCAUUUCAGAUUUAGCUGAUGCAGUAAUCGAAAGUCUUCCCUAUGUUGGCGCAAUGGCUGUCUCAAACCUCGAAGCUCGACAGUCUUUAGUUCCACUCGGCAGUGUAGAGGAGCUGCUGGCGGCGUACGAUUCACAGCGUAGGGAGCUGCCUCCGCCGGUUGUGGUAUGGGAAUGGGGAUGGACAAAAAGUGCUGAGACGUGGAAUGGAAGGGCGGCCAUGCUGGCGGUGCUCCUCCUCCUCGUGCUUGAGGUGACCACCGGAGAAGGUUUCCUCCACCAAUGGGGCAUAUUGCCAUUGUCUUGA